CAAAAACGCGCCGUAUGAGGCUCGGGCACAGCACCCAGUCCUUGCCUCUUACCCUCACGACGACCACAAACUAACGACCCGCGAACGGCGUGCAAUGCUGGCAUUAUUCGCCCUCGCCCUCUGCGCCCUUGCGGCCCUGCAGAGCAGCGUCGUCCGUGCGCACAUGAUGAUGUCCGACCCGCCCCCCUUACGCAGCCAGUACAACAAAUACGCCACGAACGCUGACUACGACAUGACGAGCCCUCUAACGUCCGAUGGGUCCAACUACCCUUGCAAGGGCUACUUGGACGACACGUCCGGGAAGGACCCUGUGGCAACCUGGAAGGCUGGCUCUUCCCAGACAGUCACCAUCGAGGGCAGUGCCAACCAUGGAGGCGGUUCUUGCCAGCUUUCCAUAUCCGAAGACGACGGUGCCUCGUUCAAAGUCAUCAAGUCUUUCGAAGGCGGAUGCCCCACCGCAGGUCCCGACAAGCUCAGCGUCGACAUCCCCUCCGACGUAUCUUCUGGCACUAGGGUCUUCGCCUGGACCUGGAACAAUCAGAUCGGGAACCGGGAGUUCUACAUGAACUGUGCCAUGAUCACGAUUGAAGACGGCGGCUCCGGCCUCGACAGCUAUCCUGAUGUCUUCGUGGCGCAGCUUAGUGGCGUCAACUCCUGUACCGUCGCCGAGGGCGUGGAUGUCCUCUACCCCAGCCCAGGCGACCAAGUCGAACGAGAAGACGGGGACAGCAAACUCGGCAACCCCACAGGCGACUGCGGCCCCGUCUCCAGGUCCAGCGGCGGCUCCUCCGGCAGCAGUGGUUCCUCCGGCGGAAGCUCAAGCACUGGCUCCGACGCAUCGACGUACCAGAAGUGUCGCCUCAUCGCCCAGCACCAGACAUCAUCCAUCUGGCGGCGACGGCUCUCUUCCUUCGCUCGAGGCUUCGGACUUUCCAGCGCUGUAUGAGUAGCAUCUAUUGCCAGCCGCGAACCAUAUCUAUGUAUCUACUAUCGUAUCCGCUGUACGCGCUGCAUGUAACUGUAUUAUCUCUACACACGACUUUACUUAUGGACGUAGCCUUACGAGUGAUGGAUAUUCUUGUGCUGAACCGUGGGAAUAUAGACGCGUCCAUUCUU